ACCAAAAAUUUUCCCCUAUAGUACCGUAUCAAGAUUCAGCAAAAAGCGGAUUACAACUCUCUUAACGACCGGGGUCUCUCCUCCUGCGAUCUAAACAAAAACCCAAAACAUUGUCCCAGAAAACAAUGGAAGUGGUUAAGAAUUUAGAUAUCAACAGAUACAUGGGAAGGUGGUACGAGAUAGCUUCAUUCCCAUCAAGGUUUCAACCUAGGAAUGGGGAGAACACAAGGGCUACCUAUACUUUGAACGAAGAUGGAACUGUGCAUGUGCUUAAUGAGACAUUUACUGAUGGCAAAAGAGGGUUUAUAGAAGGCACUGCCUACAAGGCUGAUCCCAAGAGUGAUGAGGCGAAGCUGAAAGUGAAAUUCUAUGUUCCUCCUUUCUUGCCCAUCAUUCCUGUUGUUGGGGAUUACUGGGUUUUGUACAUUGAUGAUGAUUAUCAGUAUGCUCUCAUUGGUCAGCCUAGCAGGAAGUAUCUUUGGAUAUUAUGCAGGCAGACGCAUAUGGAUGAUGAAAUCUACAAUCAGCUGGUGCAGAAGGCCAAAGAUGAGGGCUAUGAUGUGAGCAAACUGCACAAGACCCCACAAAGCGAUCCCCCACCAGAAGGAGUGGACACCCCCAACGACACCAAAGGCAUUUGGUGGAUCAAAUCAAUUUUUGGAAAGUAGGAAUCUGAAUGACUAUCCAUUCAUGGUUUAGUAGAAACAUACAAAUAAGUCUUGAUGCGUCAAAAUCCAGUUCGUGGAUUAGGGUUAGCGGUCGAAAGUCAAUUCCCAUAUUUUUCUUUGAUUUGUAAAAGAAAUUGCUGUAUGGAUGUAAGUUUUUGUCUCCAUUAUGGUUUGAACCAUGAAUUGAUGAUCGAGCUGUAUGCAAAUUUGCUUUGGUGUGUAUGUUGAUGAUGCCUGUUGGUUGUACAAUUAUUUGGUUCUUGGAAUCCAGUGAUGAAUACUAUAUAACACCUGUCGAAAAUCGGGUCCAUCUUGAAUCUCGUCCCUUCUCUCUAAUGUGAUAGCAUGGUUAUCUAUACGCUAUCAUCAUGUAUGCAAUCUAGAAUCCCAGGAAACCAGCUUUAGAUUUAUGAAAGGCAAAAUUUCUAGUAAAAAGGAAAUCAUAUGCUUAUCCAGUCAAAAUGAUCUACUUGCAAAGAUGUUUAUCGAGCCAAAAGUUAAUUAAUUCCCUUAUAAAAGGCAGCUCAUCAAGUCCAUUCAGAAUAUUUAUGAUCCAACGAAAUGUUUUGGA